AAAUACAUUAUACCUCUCUCUAAAAUUGCAGGUCCGAAUACACAAUUAAGCAUGGAGUUGGGCAAUAUAGAAAAGAUGGAAUCCCAAAACCAUUCCCACCCACAAAACAACGGUGCUACUUUCAUCACAACUUGCUUCAAUGGCCUCAAUGCUCUAACAGGGAUUGGACUAUUAUCGAUACCAUAUGCAGUAUCACAGGGAGGGUGGCUUUCUCUGACAACACUUGUUGGAAUAGCCAUUAUCUGUUUCUACACAGCUUUGCUUCUGAAAAAAUGCAUGGAUUCAAACCCUUUGAUCAAAAGCUACCCGGACAUAGGGGAGCAUGCAUUCGGGAAGAAAGGGAGAGCUGUAAUAUCGGUGUUCAUGUACGUGGAGCUAUUCCUGCUGGCAGUGGAGUUCCUGAUCUUGGAAGGAGACAACUUGCAGAAGCUGUUCCCUCACACAGAGGUGGGGGUGUGGGGGAAGACGAUCGGGGGAAAGUCGUUGUUCAUCAUCCUUACGGCGCUUGUGAUGCUGCCCACCACGUGGCUCAGAGAUCUGUCUCUGCUUGCAUAUGUCUCCGCAGCUGGGAUUCUGGCGUCUCUCAUUCUGCUUGCCACAGUGUUUUGGAUUGGAGCGUUUGAGAAAGUGGGGUUUCAUGAAAAGGGGAUUCUUUGGAGGUAUAGUGGAAUGCCAACUGCUGUCAGCUUCUUCACAUUCUGUUACUGUGGUCAUGCAGUUUUCCCCACUAUCUGCACUUCAAUGAAAGAUAAAUCCCAAUUUCCUAAGGUAUUGUUGGUGUGCUUUGUUUUGAGUAGUAUAAGCUAUGGAUCGAUGGCGGUGUUGGGAUACCUAAUGUAUGGAGAAAAUUUGAUGUCACAAGUGACUCUGAAUCUGCCCUUACAAAACAUAAGCUCAAAAAUCGCAAUCUACACCACCCUUAUCAAUCCCAUUACCAAAUACGCUAUCAUUAUAUCUCCAAUCGCUACGGCUCUUGAAGAAAAGCUUAUAGUAAAUAAUAAUAGGAGAUUAAGCAUAUUAAUCAGAACGAUUUUAGUGGUGAGCAGUGUUGUGAUUGCACUAAUUGUGCCCUUUUUCGGAUAUGUGAUGGCGUUUAUUGGGGCAUUUCUGAGCGUUAGUGCGUCAAUAUUGUUUCCUUGCCUUUGCUAUCUGAAGAUCAACAAAGCAUCUCGACAGUUAGGCUUCGAGCUUAUGUUUCUUUUCAUCAUUCUUAUCUUUGGAAUUUUUGUUGCCGUCACGGGUACUUUUGUUUCUGUUAGGGACAUCGUCCAACAUGUUGCUACCAAAUAAUAUAAUAUUCAUUAUUUGUUUAUAUAUCAUAAAUAUUAAUUUGCACGUAAA